CCCAUCGUGACGCUGCUCAUCGGCAUGGCCGGCUCGGGGAAGACGACGCUCUUCCACCGGCUCCACUACGACUGCGCGAGCAGCGGCCGCCGCUGCUACUUCGUGAACCUGGACCCGGCGGUGCUCGAGGUGCCCAUCGAGCCGCAGAUCGACAUCCGCGACACCGUGGACUACAAGGGCGUCAUGCGCGAGUACAAGCUCGGCCCCAACGGCGCCAUCGUCACGUCGCUGAACUUGUUCGCGACGCAAUUCGCCGAGGUCAUGAAGAUCCUCGAGAAGCGCGCGGCGGACUUCGACCACGUCAUCGUCGACACGCCGGGCCAGAUCGAGGCCUUCACCUGGUCCGCGUCGGGCCAGCUCAUCGCCGAGUCGCUGGCGUCGACCUUCGCGACGAACAUCGUCUACGUCGUCGACACGCCGCGGACGAUGGGCCCGUCGACGUUCAUGUCGAACAUGGUCUACGCGUGCUCCAUCCUCCACAAGCUGCGCCUGCCCCUGACGGCGGCCUUCAACAAGGUCGACGUCCAGCCCUGCGAGGCCUGCUUCGAGUGGAUGGACGACUUCGAGAAGUUCCACGAGGCGCUCGACGCGGCCGCGCGCGACGACCCCGCGGGCGGUUCCUACGUGACGUCGCUCCACCGGUCCAUGAGCCUCGUCCUCGACGAGUUCUACCGCGUCCUCGCGCGCGUCGGCGUCUCCGCCGUCUCCGGCGCGGGCAUCGACGCCCUCUUCGACAAGAUCACCGCGUCCCGCGCCAUCUACGACGCGACGUACGGCGCGGAGAUCAACCGGCGCCUCGCGGCGGCGCAGGCCGCCCGGGAGGCCAAGGCCGCGGCCGACCUCGUCCGCCUCGAGAAGGACGUC